AUGUCACUUAUCACUAUACUUUUAAUAAGUUUCUUAUCAUUAUGUUACGCUUGUAUACCAACACAACAGGUGGAAUAUUCCUCGGUAACAUCUUCUAGUUCAACAUCUACCACAAUUUCUACCUCAACUUCUACGACGACCACAGCUCCACCAACUUGUCCUAACUCUGAUUGGCUUAUGUUCGAUCGUGGCACUUAUUCCUGGUGUAUGUAUAUUCUUUGGUUCACUUCCAGUCUCUAUGGAAACUCAGCUUUGGCCUAA